AUGGGCUCAGAUGCGGACAUGGAGGAUUAUGGGUUCGAGUACUCGGACGAAGAGCCUGAGGAGCAGGACGUCGACAUCGAGAACCAGUAUUACAACUCCAAAGGUUUGGUCGAGACAGACCCGGAGGGUGCACUUGCUGGUUUUGAUCAAGUAGUCAGUAUGGAGCCUGAAAAGGCUGAAUGGGGAUUUAAAGCUCUUAAACAAACUGUCAAGCUUUACUAUAAGCUGGGGAAAUACAAAGAAAUGAUGGAUGCCUAUAGAGAGAUGUUAACAUACAUAAAAUCUGCUGUCACUCGGAACUACAGCGAGAAAUGUAUAAACAACAUAAUGGAUUUUGUUUCUGGAUCAGCUAGUCAGAACUUUUCUCUUCUGCAAGAGUUCUACCAGACAACACUGAAAGUACUUGAAGAAGCGAAAAAUGAGAGAUUAUGGUUCAAGACAAACUUGAAGCUUUGCAAAAUUUGGUUUGAUAUGGGCGAAUACGGUCGCAUGAGCAAGAUAUUGAAGGAGCUGCAUAAAUCUUGCCAAAGGGAAGAUGGUUCUGAUGAUCAAAAGAAAGGCACACAGCUUUUGGAAGUCUAUGCUAUUGAAAUCCAAAUGUACACUGAAACAAAGAAUAACAAAAAGCUUAAGGAAUUGUAUCAAAGGGCUCUUUCCAUCAAAUCAGCGAUACCUCACCCAAGAAUCAUGGGUAUAAUUCGUGAGUGUGGUGGGAAGAUGCAUAUGGCUGAGAGGCAGUGGGCUGAGGCUGCGACUGAUUUCUUUGAAGCUUUCAAGAACUACGAUGAAGCAGGCAAUCCACGGAGAAUCCAAUGCCUAAAGUAUCUUGUCCUUGCCAAUAUGUUGAUGGAAUCUGAAGUGAAUCCUUUUGAUGGACAAGAGGCCAAGCCGUACAAGAAUGAUCCUGAAAUCCUUGCAAUGACAAACCUGAUUGCAGCGUACCAGAAGAAUGACAUCAUGGAAUUUGAAAAGAUCCUGAAGAGUAAUAGAAGAACAAUAAUGGAUGAUCAUUUUAUCCGUAACUAUAUUGAGGACUUAUUGAAGAACAUCAGAACCCAAGUGCUGCUCAAGCUUAUUAAACCAUAUACUCGAAUCAGGAUACCAUUCAUUUCACAGGAACUCAAUUUCCCAGAGAAGGAUGUCGAGCAGCUGUUGGUAUCGCUCAUCCUGGACAAUCGUAUCCAAGGCCACAUAGAUCAGGUCAACAAGCUACUAGAGCGUGGAGAAAGGUCCAAGGGGAUGAGGAAGUACAAUGCCAUCGCCAAGUGGAAUACUCAGCUGAAGUCCAUUUACCAAACAUUGUCCAACAGAGUUGGAUGA